AUGAAUGACUGCCAGACCAAAGGCUUCCCUUUCACUACUGCCUGUGUGGUUAUGAUCAUAACAGAGGUUCGAAGAGGUGGUGAUGGGAUUGGUGAGAACAGAUCUGAGACCAGUAUUGGCCUACAUUUUCUCUAUAACAAUAUUAAUUGUGUUUCUUUACAGGUUAAUAACCCAAAAGAAAAUGAGAAGUCCUCUGCUGUUUUUGUGUCUGUUUUGCUGACGGGCUUAUUGCUUGCUGCCAUCAUCAUUGGCGGCUUCUGCUAUAAAAGUCAUCGGAAGACCAACAACAAAGGCAUGAAACUGGCCGAAGAGUCCUACAUGGCCGAUGAGGAGAACCAGGGUAACACCCUCAUGUCAGUGGCCCCUCUGAACCAACCAGAGCCCGAGGAGAAGCCCAGUCUGAAUGGAGAAUCCCCAGAGGGAGUGAAGACCCCGACUCCUCCUGCCGCCACCAACGGUCACUCCACCACCAAAACAGCAGACACUGAGCUGUGAACGAGCCUGCUUCAUCUACUGCACAUCCAACUUGACCUUUAACAGGCUUAAGAGAGAACAAAUAAAGACUUAAAUUCUCAUGUAUAUACAAUCAGAAAUGUUCAUUUGGAACAUUGCAAGGGAAAAGUUAAAGUAAUGAGGUAAACAUAAUUGGUCAAGUAAUAUUUUCCUUCUACUCAAGUUAUGUACACGCGUAAUACGAAAGGAUUUGUAUGUUAUAAAAGCAAGCCAUGAUUUAUGAUGAUGACGCCAGUUAUGACCGAAACGAUGAUGAGAUUCAGGACGUGAACGACGUAUAAUCAGAAUUUGCUAAAAAAGUUGCAUCCCUCGUGUGUGAAAUUGCUGUGGGUUGGGACCUUUACCAUGAGUCAUUGCUGGGUUUUAUGAGAUCGGGCGCUGGGAGGGUCCUUGCUUCGUUGUCAAAGCUCAACGGCUUCCAGCUGACUGUAAACUUUCACACUUCAGACUGCAACGUAUGGAAGUCGUGUUUGCAACGGAUUGUUUGCGUGUUUAAGUCUGUAUGUCUAACAUGUUAUAUGUCUUUGUGUACAAUAUGACUAGUUAAAGGGACACUCCACUUGUUUUGAAUAUAUGCUCAUUUUCCAGCUCCCCUAGAGUUAAACAUUUGAUUUUUACCGUUUUGAAAUACAUUCAGCUGAUCUCUGGGGCUGGCGGUACUACUUUUAGCAUAGCUUAGCAUAAUCCAUUGAAUCUGAUUAGACCAUUAGCAUCACGCUAAAAAUAAUCAAAAAAUUGGGAUAUUUUUCCUAUUAUAAACUUGACUCUUCUAUAGUUACAUCGUGUACUAAGACGAAGGAAAUUAAUCCUCUUAGUGACUUUCAAUGGCAGGGGACUAUUUUCGGGCACUGUGUAAUAUCAUUGCGCCUCCUGCAGCCAUGUUACAGCAGCAAAGUCCUUGAUUAUUACGCCAGAAUGAGAGUAUAGUUCCUAGCCAUAUCUGCCUAGAAAAUCGCAACUUUUAAUUUUCCGUCGGUCUUAGUACACGAUGUAACUACAGAAGAGUCAAGUUUUAAAAUAACUCUUUGGUUAUUUGUUAGCACAAUGCUAAUGGUCUAAUCAGAUUCAAUGGAUUAUGCUAAGCUAUGCUAAAAAUACUACCGCCAGACCCAGAGAUCAGCUGAAUGGAUUCCAAAAAGGUAAAAAUCAAAUGUUUAACCCUUGGGGAGCUGGAAAAUGAGCAUAUUUUCAAAAAAGUGGAGUGUCCCUUUAAUAGUCUUGUAUAAUUUUGUUAAUAUCAUUGUGUGACAAAGUAAUGAGUUUAGGAGUUAAAAAUAAACUUCACUUCAUUACCGCAAAUGCACCACAGUGUAAAUUCAACAAAUUGAGUGUUUUGCAAAGCCCAUUAACGCUCAGGGUCACAGCUGUCUGUUAUACGACCAAUGUAGUAUUCAUGAAAUAAGGUAUAGCUUCAACAUGCUUCGUAAACCAGUAUUAUGUUCUUUUGUAAUAUUUUUAUUAUAGAUAUUUAGAGUUAGUGUUUAUCAAUUGAAUGACUGACUAGUUUGUGACUUCUCUUUUUUGUUGGUAUUUUUGUAUCUAUAUUUGCUACUAUACUGUACAUAAAUCGUAAUGCAGAGGAAAACACUUGUCAUAAAAUGAUGUAACUGGGUGUAGUCGUGAGACCCUGGACUUGCUCUCUCAGUUUCAUUUUGCUGUUUAUUAGGCUACUGUUGCUUUAGUCAAAGCAAACACUGAGGAAUCACUCAGACAACGGGAACAUUUUUACAUCCUAACAUGCAACAAUAACUUUAAUCAUACUGAAAUCUUACUGGGUACAAUUUAAUGCUAGCAUAUUUUAUCUGAAUUAACAAGAAAAAGGAUUUUAUGAAUAUGUAAACAUGAUUAUUUUACAAGAUAAAAAUGCCUUUACACCAUUAGCAUAUAAUAUUUUCUUUCUGUUAUUUUUCCUGUUGUGUAACAUUCCUGUUUUUCAUCAUAUUUUGGAUCAAUGUACUAGCAUUUUGUUAAACUGAUGUACUGUACGGUUGCAAUAGAAAUAAAGUUUUGAAAAAUAAAAAUUA